CCAUGUAUGAGGUCUUUCAUGUGAAGAGCUCCAUUUCUCUCACCAUCAUUGAUACUCCAGGUUACGGAGACACUAGAGGACUGGAGAAAGAUCUGGAAGUUGCAGAGAAUUUGUCUGCUCUGUUUCAGAGCAGUGAUGGAGUUCGAGAAGUCGAUGCUGUGUGUUUUGUGAUUCAAGCAUCUAAGAAUCGUCUCUCAGACAGACAACACUACAUUAUCAGCUCAAUCCUGUCUCUGUUUGGGAAAGACAUUGUGAACAACAUUGUGUUUUUAAUCACACACUCUGAUGGUCUUCCUCCUAAAAAUGUCCUCGGUGCCAUUAAUAAAGCUAAAAUCCCCUGCAGACGAGACCGAAGUGGCCAACCUGUUCACUUCCUAUUCAAUAAUCGUCAGGCUGAAGCUCGACAAAAUGAGAAACGCUACAAUCGUGCUCAAAGAGACGCCUGGGAGGACAGCAUGGAUGGCAUGACGCACCUACUUGCAUCCCUGGAUGAAAAGAACAGAAAAAGUUUAGAGUUGACUUCAGAUGUCCUGAUCGAGCGGAUUCAGUUAGAAGCAUCUAUUUGCAACUUGCAGCUGAGAAUCCAAGAGAAAGAGCUGAAAAAGGCUGAGAAACUUCAGAUUCAAGAAGCAAUGAGGAAAAACAAGGAAAAGAUUGAACAGUGUAAAAACUUCAACAUUAAUGUAAGAAAGACAGUCAAAACGAAGGUGCUUAUUGAGAGUGCAUCAUGGAAACACAGAAAGGCGACAACCUGCACCGUCUGUGAGGAAAACUGCCAUGAGUUUGACUGCUGGUGGGUUUCUGGUCCCAAGAAAUGUGAAGUCAUGAAAAAUGGAUACUGCACUGUGUGCACAGGGAAAUGCCACUACAGCAAACACGUCAAAGAGAACAAGAAAUAUGUCUUCAGAACCUCAAGCAUCAUGAUAGAGUUUGAUUUGAUAAAAAAAGAAUAUGAAAAAGCCCAAAAACAAACCAAGACGUAUUUGAGUUUAAUGGAAGAUCUUGACAAUGAGCUGAGGGAGAUUGACGACCAAAAGGCAAUGUUUCUGUUCAAUGCUUACAAAACUAUCAAGCACCUGUCUCAGAUCGCUCUAAAACCAGACUCUGCCUUCACUCUCCAGCAUCUGGACUUCUUCAUCCCCAGAGUGAGAGAGGCUGGGAAAGAAGAAUGGGUUCGAGAACUGGAGGAGACGAGGAGACAAGCAGUAGCUGAUGAAGCCAAUAAAGACGCUCUGAGUUACCUGAAAGCUGGAUUGGCUAAACUCUUCCUUGCAGGCAAAUGACUGAGUCUAAUCAAGAUAAAACAGUGAACAUGAAGAAGACUGUAAUGAGUGAAACAAAUAUAAUAUACAAACAAAAUAAUUAUGAUUAGGCUUUGACAAUUUGACAAAUUCUUAAUACGAGUUAGUUGAAAUACUAGUUAACCUGGGGAAUUAAACAAAUGCUUGCCACGUUCUCAUUUACAAUCAUUUAUGUGCCUGCAAAAUGUUAAAGAUUCUCUUUGUGGAGGAUUAUAUCAAAGAUUAUAUAACACACAACACUGUAAAAAAAGGCAGUGAUUUUAACUGUAAAAAUGCUACGGUAAAAAUCUGGUAACCUGGUUUACAGUAUAUUUCCUUAAUAUAUAUACGGCGAAUUACCGUAAAUUGACUUUCCCAGAAUUCCCUGCAUGGCACAUCACUUUUUAUUCUUUUUGUUGACAUUACUAUGGAUCUUUUUAGUUGUUUCCCCAUCAGUUCUGGACAUUAGAGAUUAAUGUUACAUCUAAUGUUGAUAAACAAUGUUUAUUUCAUGACUUUAAUUUGAUGUGUGUGACCAUACUGGUGUUUAGUAGCUGUGUGAAUGACACUGAGCACCUUCUAUACACUGAUACACUUUUCUGCUUGUGGGAAAAGUUGAUUGUGAUGAGCAUUGGUUCAUUAUGUAACUUUCGCAUCACCUCCUGCAUAUGGCUGUGCUAACGUGUCUAUCUGUGUAACAAAAGAUGUGUAGAUGUUGGUAAUUGAAAACACAGACACAUUACAUCUAUAAAGUAAUGAAAUACGGUAGUUUGCUGUUAAAAUGAGGAAUUGUUUUUACGGUUUGUACCGUGUUUUUAACGGUAAAAUACUGGCAAGCACAGCUGCCAAUUUUUGUUUUGUUUUUUACAGUGAAGAUGUUUCACUCAAAUAGUUUUGAAUGGGGAAAAUGUAAUGGCCAAUAUGGCUGCUCCGGUGAAGAAAGCCAAACCCGUUAGUAAAGGAGCCAAUCAUUGAUCGCUAUAAACUGAUUAUUCUUUGGGGGAGGGGCUUGGUAAAGAUGUGCUUGUAUGAUAGUUUUUGCAGCUUCAUUGUUAUGUAACCUAUGUACAAAAAGCUUAAAAUGCUUUAAAAUGGUUUGAAAUGUUAAUUGGUUUGAAAACAAAUGUUCUCUGGUUGUUUAAUCUGCAUAAAAUAAAUGUAUUUACCCUUAUGAAUUCUCACCCCCACAUGACGGAAAUCAAGAGAAAACAAAAAGGUCGCUGUUGAU